UUUUAGUUAUCCUCUUAAAACUUAUAUGUAAAGCCCUUAAGGAGAACAAUGAUCAGAUUUAUUCAGAUGAUUGUUGGAUUGAAAAAAGAAAUUUCGAUUGACCUUAGUAGAAUACCAGUCUUAGGUAGACACGAGCCAGGAGGUUCAAGUCUUCAGAACAUGCUUCACUGGAUGCAGAUGAUUCAUUCUGGACAUUUUCAAAGAUACGAUUAUGGAAAGGAACAAAAUAUCCAAGUCUACGGGCAAGAGACUGCCCCAUUUUACGAUCUUGAAGUUCUUAAGGAAAACCUAAAAGACGUAGAUAUGCUGCUUUUCAGAGGAGAGCUUGAUACCUUUGUCAGUGAAGAAGAUUUUAAUAGGCUUCUCGAGCUUUUUGAUUAUAAGAUAGGAACUACUUUAGAUUACAAAGUUGUUCCGACCUAUGAUCAUGUUGAUUAUGUUUGGGCUGACAGCGCCUAUGAGCAUAUUGGAAAGCCCAUUAUGGAUUUUUUGAAAGCCAGAAGAGUACCUAAAUAG